AUGAGCGAUGAAGUAGUACUCGGCUACACUGCUGCCAUCGUCGCUGUUUUCUUCUUCGGGACGUGCUACGUGCCUGCAAAGACGUAUGCGACUUAUGAUGGCAUCAUCUUCCAGUGGUUUAUGUGUUCCGGGAUCUUAAUGGUGGGGAUCGUCUGGGGACUCCUCAGCAACAACUGGUCGCAAUACUCGCACUCGGGCAUGUUCACGUUCCCCGAAGGUCUUCUAGGGGGUGCUCUGUUUGCCAUCGCCAACCUUCUCAUUCCCACUGUGGUCAACACACUCGGUCUCGGUGUUGGCUUCAUGCUCUGGAACGCUGCCAACAUCACCCUUGGCUACUGCGUCUCUCGACUCGGACUCUUUGGAGUGGCACCUACGAUCCCGUCCAUGCCGUUCAUCAGUCUAUUGGGCAUUGCCUUCAUGCUGGCAUCCAUUGCGGUCUAUGGCACUAUCAAGCCAACGCUGAAUGCAGCCAAGACCGCCAACAUAAAAAAACGAGGCAGGAAAGAUGAAGACGAGCCAGAAGUCGAGUCCAAAGUGCAUUGGGGCAGCAAUGGCAGCAACGGGAGCUCGGACAGUCCAGCGGGAGAGCGCUCGUCUUUGCUGCCGCAAUUCGCAAAGAACGCGGAGCUUACGAGUAUCACGCUUACUCGACGCGAGUCACUGCAUGAAGCACUGGUGCACCCGGAACUGCCCAAUUUUGGACCGUUCAUGAUGCCAAAUGAAGUCGGGGAGCACGUGGAAUUGGCGGAUGCUCGCGCUGAGCAGACGCGCAAAGUCUUUGGCAUGACUAUUGCAGUGCUCGUGGGCGCGUUCUUGAGCUGCUGUCUCGUGCCGUUUGUAAACUGGAACGACCGGUGCCGCCCGUCGAAUCCGGCGCCCAGUAGCCCCAUCGAAGAGACGUGCAAUCCACUGAACUUUGUGUUCUCGCAGUGUUUGGGCAUCUACUUGACGAGCACGAUUGUGUUUUUGCUGUAUUCGCUUUUCCACCGAUUCGUGCUCAAGCGAUCGAUGCCCCGCAGUGUGAUGCGUCCAGCAUACGUUUGUGGCGUGCUGUGGGGAAUCGGCUUGUGUGGCCAGCUCUAUGCUAUCGGCGCCUUAGGUUUCGACCAGAUCUUCCCCAUCAGCUCGAUCGGUCCUGCGAUGGUGUCAAUGCUCUGGUCUGCUGGCUAUUUCAAAGAGAUUCAAGGCAAGAAGAACCUGCAGACGUUGGCUCUUGGCACGGUGUUGGUUCUCAUUGGAACGGGACUGCGCAUUGUCUCCAUGUAA